UAUUUCAAAAUAUUUUCUCCCAUGAUGCAAUGAAUCGCUCGUAACAACAACAACUCAAAAAUAUUGUAAACAAAGAGAAUUUAUACUGUUUUCACUACACAUACGAUAACUAUUGCGUUUAUUAAACACGUUUAAAAGAUCCGUGAUGGAUCACAAAGCAUUGCUUGAGCACUGUGUGGCAGUGUUAGAUUCAUUCAAUGCAGAUGUCCAGUCAGUGGAGAAUCACGUCAAUAAAUAUCUCAAGCAUUACGGUAUUCACAAUGAAGAUGAGCAGAUCUUCAUAGUUGAGGUGUUCUCUGGCUGUGUUCGCUACCUGGAUAUCAUGUCUAUCAUAGUGAAGGGAUUUUAUGCACGUGAUGGGAAAAACACACUUCGCUCAGAACAAAAUCUCUUCAUAGUUUUAUCAUACCUUGCCUUGUUUCGCCUGGAUGAGUUGGAAAUGGCCAAUUUCCGACAGUUUGUACGCUCUCAGGACAUCAACAAAAUGUACAAGUUCCUGCAGUUUUUCUUCAAUGAAAAAAGCAUCACAACUUGGAUGAAGGAUGAAUGGCAGAAAUUCUAUGAGCAUGUGUUUGUGCAGACUAAACUGGUGUCUCCAUUACGGCAGUGGCUUCCUGAGCUGUCUGAUAUGCUUCAACAAAUGAAGGAAAAAAUUGACAACGUCACCAAACCACCAAAAAAAGCUCUCACAAACACAGAGAUAAAGCCAUUCAAUAUAACAAAGCCGCGUCCAAAAAGUGUUCCUGUCCCGGAGCCGAUCCCGAAGAUGGAGAAGCGUAAGCCACCACCGGACACUCUGUACAGGGAGCCAUCCGAUAUUGAGAAGAUUGAGCGCAUUCGCCAGGAGAACCGGCGCAGAGCAGAGGAGCGUCUUAUGGAGGCAUCCAGGAAGCAGUUUGCUUGUGCCAACCCAGAGAAGUCCCAGAAGACAAAGGAGAAGAUACAAAGAAUCCUGACCGAAGAAGAGAGCAAACUGGACUUUGACAGACCCAAGACUAACAAGGUGCCCACCUUCCUGAUGACUCCACUCUCUAGUCGUUCCACGACCUCAACUCGCAGAAAUAACCAGGAGGUGCCAGUGAAGAUGACAGCCGCUGCCAUACUGAGGGAGGGUUUCCUGUACCAGCAGAGGGAGGCUGAGGAGAUUAAAAAACUUGAGAGCCUAGAGGCUGGUGCCAAGGACAAGUCGGACUUUGAGCGGUGGCAGUCGGAUAUGAAGCGGCGGGACCUUGAGUCAGAGCUUGCAGAUAUUGAGCGGCGGCGCCUGGAAGGCAAACUGAGCCACGAGGAAGCAAUACUUGCUCGUCAGAACAUUGUGGAGGAGAACAAACAGAGGGUCUCUGAGAUGAAGGAGGAGACUCAGAAAAUGAUGGAGCGAUACCUGGAAGAAAAGUUCAAGGAAGAGCAACAAAUGAAGCAACUUGUGGAAGACACAAUGCAAGGGCAUAAAAAUGCCAAAGAAUCCAAGAGAAAACUCAAAGAAUACAAACAAAAGAUUGUUGCGGAGGUGGCAGAGGAGAGCCGUGAGCUGAUGCGUCGCGCCAUUGAGGAGGCUGAGGCAGAGAUGCGGCGCCGCAUGGAGCUGAUCCACCAGAUACGGGCCAUGGAGGCGGUGCCGGCCAUACGACAGAAGUUUGUGGACCUCACGGCCACGUCUGGACAUGGCCUCUUGAGUGAGAUGUCCAUAGUGGAGUUGAGAGAAAGACUGGCCUUGCUGAGGAAUGCUGAGAAGGAGAAUGAAGAGAUGAAACGAGACGAGAUACUUGCCAGUAAAGAGGCCAAGGACCAGCUGUUACUGGACACCCUGGAGACGAUCUCCAAACAUCGCCUGGAACAGACUAAGGCUGCAGCCAUCAAGUUAGAGUCGAGAAAGAAAGGUGAGCCCAAAAAGUCUUCAGUACAGACGGAGGAACUGUCUGCCCUACAACAACGUCUCGAGGAGAAACGCCAGCAGAGACUACAGGCCCAGGAGGGCUCUAGACUGGCCCCAAACACCCAGUCUGCCAAGAGAACUAAGAGUCUUAUUGACCAAAAGAAAAACCUCGAGGAGAGUCGCUGGAAGGAGUUGGAGGCGACGCGAGAGAGGACCGCGCAGCUGAUCCAGCAGAGCUACGCGCGCUCAGCCACUAGACUCAACACCAUGACCUCAGUCACAUAACCUCAUAUGUGACACACUCUGGGAAAACAGGGCUUAAUGCAUGUGCGUAAAGUGUUGUCCCAGAUUAGCCUGUGCAGUCCGCAGGGCAGACAGUUUCCGCCUUAACAUGUUUCUUGCUAUCAAGUCACUUCCUUUAAACAAAAAAGAACAUAAAAGUUGAAAGUGACUUCGCUGAUGAGUCUGUUUGGACUGCACAGGCUAA